AGAAGAAGCAAAAGAUCAACAAAGAAGCAAAACACAACACUAACCUGACUGGCAUGUCAAUUUUGGACUGUGAGCUUUUUCUACUUUAAGCUGACAGAAAAGGCAGAAGUCAACCUUGUGUCUCAGAUAAAAUAUGGGCCGAUAUCUCAACUUCUGUUCAAGAUCUGUGAACUCAACUCUGAAAUCUUACUGCAAAAUCAAGUACCUAAUGAGUAUUCUGAGGAAAAUCCACUGUCGAGAACCAUUCAAGUGCUCAUUUCAACCUCUGUGUUUUUCAACUACCCCAGUCAGACAGACAUGUGGACACAAAUACCACAGUAAUACAUUCUCCAAAUAUUACCACCCAGCCUACAAAAUAAAAUAUUCAUGCAAACAUUUUUACUCUACCUCUUCUAGCAGGGAUGAAUUCAAGGUUGAGGCUCCAGUAGGAAUUUUGGAGGAAACUCGAGAAAACAGUCAACUAAGCAGACUUGGUGGCCGCCUGGGUCAAUCAUUCAAUCAGUUGUCAACACAUAUUAACAUGUAUUUCAAAAGAAAGAACACUAGUACUAUACCUCCAGAUAAAAGUGCAAAUACUCUGCAAUGUAAUACAAGUACACCAAGACCUCUUCAGACAGGACAGGAAUGCAAUUUACCUCAAAAUAAAGCCACAUUACAAACAUGCAAUGACAAUGAAACAAUUCCAUCUCCUUCACACAAAAAUUUAGGUGUACAACUUUUUCACCCCAACUAUUUGGCAACACGAUUUGGGGAAAGCUACAGUUACGUUGCCAAACACAUCAAUUUGGUUUUCACACGAGGGAAUGCUAAAGGUAAAGAACAGGAUCAUUUUGAUAUGCAUUCAAGAAGUGAGCAGGUUAACACAAGAAAGAUUAAAAAUGUCUCAUCAGAUGCCGCUCAAGGCAAUCAAAAAAGCACAAAUAUACAAAAUCCUACCUCAGACAACUGGGAAGAAGGUUAUGCGAUGUUUGCUUCACACAUUAACAGAUACUUUGGAGCUGUUAUUACUGAUAAGAAGAAAUCCAUGGAACAUACCUUGCAACAAACCUCCAAAGAGUUACCAAACAAACCAAAUCAAUUGUUUGAAUCAAAAGAUGGAAUGGAUAGCCUUUUCCACAGCAGCUACAGUGCAACACAUUUUGGCGAGAAUCAUUUGCAAAUGGCAAAUCACAUCAAUCAGUAUUUCAAAGAAGAAAGUUUAGAAGAGUAUGAUCCAAAUGAAAGAGAGGUGGAUCCAGAUUUGAUAAACUCAGGCCAAAUGAAAGCAAUUUCUUUUAUGGACUGCCUACUACAUCCUUCCAGUGCUAUCCCGGAUUUACUCAACACAUAUCUGAGACCAAAACAAAUCAACAAUGUAACUUCACCAAGGACAACAUGGAAUAAUAAGUUCCUAAACAAAAGACAAGCAGAGGAAGCUACUUAUAAUUUGAUAACCACACUGGAGCAGACCUCCUCCCCAGACGUCCUGGCGUCCUGCAUUGAAGCGCUCAGUGAACACCUCAUUCGGUACCCUUCAUGCAGGAUGGUCUUGUGGCAGAAGAAAACUGCUGUGUUACUACUACAAAAACGUCGCUCCUAUAAACAGCACGAGAGCCUCCAAAAUGCCAUCAGAGAAGUCCUUAGUCUGGUGGGAUAUGUCAAUCCAGUUAAAGGGAGAGGCAUCAGGGUGCUGUCUAUCGAUGGUGGUGGUACAAGAGGUGUAGUUCCUCUGCAAGUGUUAAAGGUUUUAGAAGCUCAAACAGGCAGGAAGAUACAUCAGUUAUUCGACUAUAUUUGUGGCGUAAGCACAGGUGCUAUCCUUGCCUUUAUGCUGGGUCUGGCCCAUUUUUCCCUCAGAGAGUGUGAGGAUAUGUAUCGACGCUUUGGAUCGGAGGUUUUCUGUCAGAAUCCGUUUGUGGGAACAGUGCAGAUGGGCUGGAGUCACUCAUAUUACAACACAGAGACCUGGGAGAACAUACUCAGAGAGAAGUUCGGGGAGAGACUGCUCAUUAAAACAGCAAGGGAUGAGUUAAGCCCAAAGGUUUCAGCUGUCAGUGCUGUUGUGAACUGGGGAACAAGUCCAAAAGCCUUUGUUUUCCGUAACUACAACCACAGUCCAGGAUCGCUGAGUCGAUACGCAGGAGGCAGUGGGUACCAGAUGUGGCAGGCGGUCAGAGCCUCGUCAGCUGCUCCGGGAUACUUUCAAGAGUUCAUUUUACAGGGAGAUAUUCACCAGGACGGGGGAAUCCUUCUGAACAACCCAUGUGCUUUAGCGGUGCACGAGAGCCGUCUGCUGUGGCCUCACCAGCCCUUCCAGUGUGUGCUUUCUCUGGGCACUGGUCGCUAUGACAGUGUGAAGAGAAACCCAGCCACCUCCACCAGUCUGAGGGCCAAAAUCAGCAACCUCAUCUGCAGCGCCACUGACACUGAAGGAGUCCACACACUUUUGGACGACCUUCUUGCCCCUAACGUGUAUUUCCGAUUCAACCCCACGAUGAGCGCGGUGGUUUCCCUUGACGAAAGCCGACCUGGAGCCUUGGAGGUACUCAGGCAAGAUACGCAAGAGUACCUGGAGAGGAAUCAUCCUAAACUGGCCAGACUGUGCUUGGUUCUUGGAGCAGAACGUUCAGCUAUGAGCAAAACUAUGGACUGGAUGAGUGAGAGGGCUUGGGGAAUGAAGCAGCGUUGGGUGUGACUAGAUAGAUAUGCCCAUUAAAACUACUGCAGCUGUAUCUACUACAUC